GGCGGCGGUGGCGGCGGCGGCGGCCCCGGCGCGGGCUCGGAGGCGGGCGGCGGGGCUGCAGCGGGGGCAGAGCCUGGACGGCCGCCGCCUCGGGCGCCCUCACGCCCACUCCCCGUGCCCAGUGCUGCGAGGUGCGGCGCGGGCCGACGCGGCCGGGUCCGCGGGCCGGGACUGCGCGUGCCCUCGGGAGGCGUCGGUGCGGGCGGUCCCUCCUGGGGCCGCGGCCGGGAUCGUCGGGGUGGCCGAUUUCUCCCCAACGUGGAAGGGGUUGGAUGAUGUACCUGGCUCUCCAGGACGCCCCACUUGGCUAUAACGUCAGGAAGGCCUCUUAAACCCCAGUGUCAUUUCAGAGCCACUUCUGGAAGCUACUUGAGAAAAAUGAUGUGACAGAUUUUAUCAAAAAAGGAAUUCUGGAAACGCAGCAUUCGUGAAGAAAGUGGCCCUUCUCCCUUUGGCACAGUAGACGUCCUCAAAUUCCAAAAUGCCAGCCAAGACCCCAAUUUACCUAAAAGCUGCCAAUAACAAAAAAGGCAAGAAAUUUAAACUGAGGGACAUUUUGUCCCCUGAUAUGAUUAGCCCCCCGCUUGGAGACUUCCGCCACACCAUCCACAUCGGCAAAGAGGGCCAGCACGACGUCUUUGGUGACAUCUCCUUCCUGCAAGGGAACUACGAGCUGUUGCCGGGAAACCAGGAGAAAGCGCGCGCAGGUCAGUUUCCGGGGCACAGCGAGUUCUUCCGGGCCAACAGCACGUCCGACUCCAUGUUCACGGAAACGCCCUCCCCAGUGCUCAAAAACGCCAUCUCCCUACCUACCAUUGGGGGGUCCCAAGCACUCAUGUUGCCCCUGCUGUCGCCAGUGACAUUUAAUUCCAAACAGGAGUCCUUUGGGCCAGCAAAGCUGCCCCGGCUUAGCUGUGAGCCCGUCGUGGAGGAAAAGGCUCCGGAGAAAAGCAGCCUGUUGGAGAAUGGGACGGGCCACCAGGGCGACGUCUCGUGGGGUUCCAGCGGGUCGGCGUCACAGUCCAGCCAGGGCAGGGACAGCCACUCCUCCAGCCUCUCGGAACAGUACCCCGACUGGUCGGCCGAGGACAUGUUUGAGCAUUCGGCCGCGUGCGAGCUCGUCAAGAAGACCAAGUCAGAGGAGUCCCUCUCUGAUCUCACAGGUUCCCUCCUCUCCCUGCAGCUCGACCUGGGGCCCUCGUUUUUGGAUGAGGUGCUGAAUGUCAUGGAUAAAAAUAAGUAACAGCGCCAACUCUUGGCCUGUGGGGUAAAAAGGUAUCAAAAAAUAAAAACAAAACUAACCGCAGUCGAAGACAAGAGCUUCCCCGGCUAUGUUUGCAGUUGUGUGUGAUGGGUUUUCUAAAAUAAUGUUCCUAUGAAGUAUUUUUUGUACCUGUUAAUGCCCUGUUUGCAAAAACAAACUAUCCUGGUGGCAGAAAGGAAGGGAGUGGGUCAGAACCCACUUUCGGCAGGUUUUGCAUAUGUUCAGCUCACUUUUUUUGUUGUUUGUUUCCAGACAUGUGAGAACUCUGGCUUGGCCAGGAUUUGGCACUAGCUAUGAAGGGCUGCACAAAUCACAUUAAAGACCUUGGCAGUACUCCAGCAUUUUCUGAGCAAGAAGAAGUCCAUUUAUUUAACGCCUAGGCCUUUUUUUCUAGACUCUUUUCUAUAUUACAUUAUUUGGGCUCACAGUAGCAAAUUCUUCCGUGUUAAAACUGUUCUCUGUUUUCACAUUUGAACAACCUUAUGGGUUUGGGGGAUUUUCUUGUAGCUCUUAUAUAUCCCUAUAUAUUAUAUCUAUAUUGCAAAAUUUUGACUGUCAGCUACAUGUUGGUAAGACACAAGCAAAGUAUUACUGUAACUAAGUUAUUUUUAAAGUUAAAAUAUAUUUUUAUGUGCCUUUGGCUUUUUAUUGCAGAGUCUACAUUUUAUAGAUAUUACAUCCAAUGUUGUCAUAUGACUUGUUACCAUUGGGGCUCCAUUGUAAGCUGUGUAUGUAUAUGUUUGGAAAAGUGUAUUCAUACUUAGCUUUAUUUCUUUUUCUUCAUCUGUCAGCAUACUUUUCACAGCACCCAGCAAUGGAUUGUAAAGUAUAAAGGCACAGGCUACUCAUGAUGCUUCUGCAGAGACUGUGGGCUACACCAUAUAAUGUUAUUUGGAAAUAUAGGUAUUUUAGUACAGUACAUACUUGCAUUACAUAGGUACUUCAUGCAACACAAUAAAGAGUAAAUGUUGAAAUGAAA